CUUCUGUAAUUGGACAGGGGUUGAGAGGGGGCUUCGGAGGGUGGAGGAAAGAAAGCUUGUAGGGGAGAAGGGGUAUUUGCAGUCUCUGCCAAAGCCACCUCAUUUUGCUACAAGGGCUCACAGUGAGACAAAGAGAAGGUAGAGCCUUUGCUGAUCAGUCUCUUGCCAGUGACAAUGCGGCUAAUCGCUCUUCUGCUGCUGGGACUCCUCAAGUUCUCGCUGGCUCAGGAUGAAGAUCCUUUCCAGUGGCUUUCUUCCCUUCACAGCCGUGGUUACGCCUCUCUGCAGGCCGACAACACUGGAGGAGAAUGUCCAGAGGAGUGCGACUGUCCUCCAACAUUCCCAGCUGCCAUGUACUGCGACAACCGCAACAUGAAACAAAUGCCUUACAUCCCAUCCCGGAUGAAGUAUGUGUACCUGCAACACAAUCAGAUCACCUCUGUCCCAGAUGAUGCUUUUGGAAAUGCCACCAGCCUUGAGUGGGUUUUUUUGCAUGAGAAUUACAUUAACUCAGUGGGCAAGCAAGCGUUUGCCAAACUAGUGAACUUGGAUCGCCUGUACCUGAACAACAACAACCUAACCGAGGUGCCGUCCAACCUGCCUCGCUCACUACAUGACCUUCGUCUCAAUCACAAUAAAAUCACCAAGUUGCCCCCAAACGCUUUUGAGGGCAUGGAGAAUUUGACCAUACUUUUGCUCCAGAACAACGGUCUGCAGGAUAUCAGUGGCCUGAAAGGUCUGAAAUCGUUAAUUCUGCUGGAUGUGAGCAGUAACCAGCUCAAGAAGGUUCCUAAUGGUCUCCCUGAGAUGCUCCACCAGCUCUACCUAGAGUCCAACUCCAUCGAAGCAGUUCCAGAGAACUUCCUCAGCCAGUUCACCAACCUGCAGUAUGUCCGUAUUUCUCACAAUGAGCUCACAAACAAAGGCAUCCCUCAAAACACCUUUAACAACAGCGGUCUGGUGGAGCUGGAUUUGUCCUUCAACAAGUUGGAGAGCAUUCCUGUUGUUAGUACUAAUCUGCAACAUCUUUAUCUGCAGGCCAAUCAGAUUAAAGAGUUUACACUGGGAAGUUUCUGCAGUGUGCUGGAUGUUAUGAACUUCUCCAAGCUGCGAGUCUUGAGGCUGGAAGGAAAUGAGAUCAGUGUUGGAGACAUGCCCUCUGAAGCUGCCCUUUGUCUUCCUCUGGCUUCUGAUAUUGCUGUGUAAUGGCAGUGACCAAUCAGCAGGGGGCUCUUUUGUUUCCCUCCAACAUUAUUAUAUCAGAGUGGCAUGACUUUGCAUUGAUUUUUAUUGUAGGGAAAUUUAUAGUGCCUUGGGAUGUUGUAUGAGAGGAAUAUAAUUUCCUGUGGACUUUAGAGAGAAGUACAAAUACAGGAAUGGGGGAAAGGAUAUUGAGAUAUUUAGAUAGGAAAUGGAGAUCCUCUGUUAAGGUAUGUGAAGCUAGUUUUUUUUUUUUUUUUCUCAAAAGCCACAUAGCAAUUUUAAUAUGCCUUUCUUUGCUUUUACUCUAUGUUUGUGUGCUUGUCUGUCAGUUUGAUAACACUAUUGGCAGUGCUAAAGUCAACAUUGCAGUUUUGCUAUUUGCUUGAUACACAUUUGAUUUACUUUAGGUUUGUGGACUCAUGUUUCUUCAGGAAAGAAGUUUGAACAAUGCUGUGAGUAUUUAUGCUUCAUGUGAGACAGAAGAACUGAAUGGAGAACAGAAAGAGCUUACUUGACUACAUCCAUCUAAUUUGUAUAAUGUCCUGUCCGAUAUGAUAUCGCCACAAGAAAAUGAAAGAAAAUCCAUCUUCCAUUCACAUCUAAAAGAGGGGAAGAAAAACUUUGAAUGGUUGUGUUUUAAGAACAAAUGUAUUGCAUGUGUUAUAAAAAUGACUGAGGUUCUUAUGUUUAAACAUGCCUGUGGACCUUUCAUGUAACUCAAAUCUAAUAUUUUGAUGUAUUAAUUAAAACAUCCAGACAAA